GAUUUCACGGACGAGACGCUGGAAGGGCAGCUUGCGGAUCAACAACUCGGUAGAUUUCUGGUAACGACGGAUCUCACGAAGAGCGACUGUACCRGGYCUGUAACGAUGAGGUUUCUUSACUCCACCAGUUGCUGGGGCACUUUUACGUGCUGCCUUGGUGGCGAGUUGUUUUCGGGGAGCCUUUCCUCCGGUUGAUUUACGAGCGGUUUGCUUUGUACGAGCCAUCUUUGAAAAUUUCUUUUCCAACGAUAAUGCAAUCUCGGAGAUGUAUCAAUGUUUUUAUACCUCGCGCGCUGAGACAUGAUUGGACCGUGAUUCAUGAAUCUGAUUGGUUGACUACUCAUUCAUCUCGCUGGUAUGAAGUGAAUAUUGUGUUUGUUUGUGCGAUGAAAAGCUCGUUUUCUUUGGAAAAAUGGUGAAAUAAAAAACUUUUACGCGCGCAAUUCGCUCUAAAGGUUUCUGAGGAAGGUUCAAACCUAAUUUUAUGAAACUAGUCGAUAUUUCAUGGCGAAGAGCUGCCAGGUUUUUACACAGUAUACCGAAAUGAGACCAUAGCAGGAUCAAAGUCUGCAUAUAUUAACAUUUAUGAUUUUCUUAACGCGUCAUUAACUGUGUUUUUACACGAGGAAAAAUGUCAAAUAUCUACUGAUUUCACUGUGAAACUUUAGACAUUUCUAUUGAGAAUGACAUGUUGUGAGAUCACUUUAUUCAGAUUGGAUUAUAUUUGAUCUGUCUUCUGCUUUGAUUGCUAGUUGUGAGAGAGUUUCGUAUAAGAGCAGCGCUUGUUUUGAAUAUGUAUAUAUGCAAAGAGUAAUCAGUGUGCGUGAAAGGGGUGUUUCCAAUUCGGUUCGGCUUUCCAAUUCAAAAUACGCGCACUUGCUAUUCAACUUCAUUCCGUUUACGUUAGCGAACUAAACUACUCGAAAAUGACUGGUAGAGGCAAAGGAGGAAAAGGUCUAGGAAAAGGAGGCGCCAAGCGUCAUCGUAAGAUCCUUCGGGAUAACAUCCAGGGUAUCACCAAGCCCGCCAUCCGUCGUCUUGCUCGUCGUGGUGGAGUCAAGCGUAUUUCUGGCUUGAUCUACGAAGAGACCCGAGGCGUCCUUAAAGUCUUCCUUGAGAACGUGAUCCGUGAUGCUGUUACCUACACCGAGCACGCCAAGAGAAAGACCGUCACUGCCAUGGACGUUGUCUACGCUUUGAAACGCCAAGGACGUACUCUUAAAAUGCCGCCAAAACCCGCAGGAGGAAAGAAAGGUGAAAAGAAAGCCGGCAAGAAGGCCGCGCUUGGUGACAAGAAGAAGAGGACACGAAGGAGAAAGGAAACCUACUCCAUCUACAUCUACAAAGUCAUGAAACAAGUCCAUCCCGACACUGGUAUCUCGAGCAAAGCCAUGUCCAUCAUGAACUCCUUUGUCCAAGAUGUGUUCGAGCGCAUUGCUGGUGAAGCUUCUCGCCUUGCUCACUACAACAAGAAGUCAACCAUCACUUCUCGCGAGAUCCAGACCGCUGUUCGUCUUCUUCUUCCCGGUGAAUUGGCAAAGCACGCCGUCAGUGAAGGCACCAAGGCCGUCACCAAGUACACCAGCAGCAAAUAAACAGUUUUCUGUUUCCAACCAACAAAACAACGGCUCUUUUAGGAGCCACCA